CGUCAGGCCGACGGCGCUGUGUCGGACACAUAUUUCAUGAGACGAGGCUACCACUCAUCCGCUGUACUGGGCAGUAAGGUUUACAUUGAUGGCGGCACAUUCUCCUACUCGAGCGGCGACGGCGUGCAGUACCAAUACUCAGAUACACUGCUUUAUAUCGACAUAAGUAAUGACUUCACCCCGACCUCUGCCUCGAUCAUGUCUAUAGAAAAACCAUCGGGCGUGCCAAAUCUAGUCUACGGCGGAUCCUGGGUCAACGAUGGGCUUAUGUACACGGGCUUCGCAGGCCGGUACCCGCCAGUGGGCGACGAGGCCUGGCAGGACUCGGGCCUCUGGUCGUUUGAGCCCAGCGGCGACGGGUCGACGGGCACGUGGACGAACCUGAACGACACAGCAGCGUCCUAUUUCACGACCGGGUCGCGGGCCUACCUGGGCUCCGUGGCGAGCGGCAACGGCACAGGAUAUUUUCUGGGCGGGAACAUGGACUACAGCGCCAACGAGACGUACGUGCCCAUCAGCGGCCUCCUGAGCUACGACUUUGGCACCAACACGGUGACCAACACGACGGUGACGGGCAUCUCGAUGGAGGGGUGGGCGAGCUACGCACAGAUGCUCUACGUGCCCAACUUUGGCCCGUCGGGCGUGGUCAUCUCGGCAGGCGGGUUCCGCGACGACCCAGACGACGAGUACAUGGAGAGCCUCUCGACGAUCCAGAUCCUGGACCCCUCGACGGGGACGUGGUACGAGCAGGCCACGACGGGCGCGGCGCCGCAGACGCGCAAGGAGUUCUGCAUGACGGGGGCGCCCAGCUCCAACGAGACGUACGAGAUUGUCGUCUACGCCGGGUGGAACGGCACGCUGGGCGACGACGCCAUCCCCUGGGACGACCUGUACGUGCUGUCGCUGCCCUCGUUCCACUGGUUCCAGGCCUCGUACGACGCCCUGCACCCACGCCACGGCCUGACGUGCGAGCACAUCGGCGGCGGCCAGGUCCUGGCCAUCGGCGGCGUCGACACCACCCAGCUGUACAGCCCGGACUACUACCUGGGGCCCUACAGGACCCAGGACACCCACCCGCAGGGCCUGGCCGUCUUCGACCUCAACUCCAUGAGCUGGACCGACGCCUUCGACAGCAACAAGACCGUCUAUGUCCAGUCCAGCACCGUCCAGGCCUACUACGCCGGCAACAGCCGCACUGCCGACUUUACGAGCUCGGCGCUCGAGCAGGUGUUUAGCGUGCAGAACUUCACCGCCGCCGCGACCGCGACAUCCAGCAGCAGCUCCUCGUCCUCCUCGGCGGGCGCUAUCGCCGGUGGUGUGGUCGGGGGUGUGGCUGCUGCGGCGAUUGUCGCGGCGUCUGUGUUCUAUUUCCUGCGUAGGAAGCGGAGG